AUGUUGAACCUUUUGGUCGAGAUCGAUACUUAUAAGCGGGAAUUGAUCGAUAUACAUCAUCUUCUAUCCUCAUUGCGGCCUUCUACAGACUUGCUGCAAGCGCAACUACGAUCGAGGCUGAAGAGCAAGAAGUGGGGGGCUUUACUGUAUGUCUGUAAUGACCUUAUGGUGUUCCCCGUCCAAAUCUCGGGUGGAAUUGUGAGAAAGGAGAUGAUAACAAAGAGUGACAUUACGAAAGAUGACAUGAUAGAGACACUCAUUGAAUGGCGGUUGCAUGACAUUCACGAAGAUCACGCUUUUGUCUGGCCACACUUCACACCCACUAUGUUUGCUCCUCCUCGAGCACCUUGGGCGUCUCCUGUCCUAUCUCUUGCAUUUCAUGGCAAUGUCGCUUGUCAUACACUGACCGAUACUGAGCGGAAAAGAAUGAUGCAGGAUACAGCAAGGAGAAUGAAUUGGCACUCUGCGACAGGUGUUGGUCAUAUCCAUCAACUGCUGUGGGCGCCGUGCGACAAUAGCAGUGUGGGGAAAGAGAAACUAGCCAAGGGUCUGAACGUUGAAGGUGUUGAUGCAUUGCUAUAUGUUUGCGCAGACCUCAAUCGAGUCCCCUUGCAACUACCUAGACGAGAUGUCAAACGGAUUCUAAUCUAUCAACUGAUUGACUGG